AUGUCAUCUGCUUCAUCAACAAAUGCCGGCCAGGUCGUACGCCAAUACCAGAAACUCCUCAAGAGGCGGGAAGGCGGCUCGUCAGAGCCGAGCAAGAAAUCUAUCCCCCCCACCCCAAAAAUUCAAACGAUGAACACCCACGAAGUUCGGAUCCUUCGCAUGCGACUAACGCAAGCGACGACAGAAGCGUCGCUAGCGGUGAACAAGUUGAAGGCGGAGUUACUAAAAAUAGAACAAGAAGCCAAGGCCAAAGGAAUUCCAACCAGUCUCCACAUCGGAACAACGAGAGCAAUCCAGUCAAUGAUAAACGGAGUGUUCCUUCCGUCGGACAUCGGCGGGGAGCACUGCGUCCCACCCUACGACCACAGGGCAGAAGGAGCGUCGUUGGCCGGGGCUCUAAACAGAACAGAGCUGGCACCAGGAAAUGACCCACCCAACGUUAAUCAACCCGCAUCCAAAAAUAAUUAUUGUAAGGUUAUUUAA